AUGGCACCGUCCUUAGAGUCUCCGGCGAUGGUUGAGGAAACCAAGGAAGAGGAGAAGAAGAAUCGUGACUGUGGACGUCAAGUUGUGAGUUUGAUCGGAGAUUUAUUCCGGCGAUUACAUGGCUCCAAAUUGGUGCAAAGCUUGAAUCUCUGUAUCAGUGAGAGUAAAGAUUCGAUUUUUCCGGAGGUGAAUGAUAAAUCUUUCACCGACAUGGAAGGUGUUCAGCUUUCCGGCAAAAUCGGCUGGGAGAACCCGAGAAUCUUUGGAUACUCAGAGCUUUACAUCGGAUCAAAUGGUUUCAGCGACGAAUUAAUCCUCGGAAGCGGCGGUUUCGGCCGUGUUUACAAGGCGUUGUUACCGAGCGACGGAACCACCGUGGCUGUUAAAUGCUUGGCGGAGAAAAAAGGAGAGCAAUUCGAGAAGACGUUCGCGGCGGAGCUUGUUGCGGUGGCUCAGCUCCGGCAUCGGAAUCUCGUGAAGUUGAGAGGGUGGUGUCUUCACGACGACGAAUUGCUUCUUGUUUAUGAUUAUAUGCCAAAUCGGAGCUUAGAUCGGGUGCUUUUCCGACGGCCGGAUAUGAAUUCCGACUUUAAACCGUUGGAUUGGGAUCGGAGGGGUAAAAUCGUCAGAGGCCUCGCCGCCGCGUUGUUCUAUCUCCACGAGCAAUUAGAGACGCAGAUUAUUCACCGAGAUGUGAAGACGAGCAACGUGAUGUUGGAUUCCGAGUUCAACGCACGACUCGGCGAUUUCGGGUUGGCUCGGUGGUUAGAACACAAGAUUGAUGAGGUUGAGCUCGAUCCGAGUUACGACUCGGUUUCCUCGUUCCGGAACCACCAGUUCCGAGUUGCUGACUCGACACGAAUCGGUGGGACCAUCGGGUAUUUACCGCCUGAGAGCUUCCGGAAAAAAACGGUCGCCACCGCGAAAACGGACGUGUUCAGCUUCGGCGUCGUGGUUUUAGAAGUGGUAUCCGGUAGACGCGCCGUCGAUCUCUCGUUCUCUGAAGACAAAAUCGUUUUGCUCGAUUGGAUGCGAAAAUUAUCCGAUGACGGGAAAUUGCUCGACGCCGGCGAUUCUCGGCUACCAAAAGGAUCUUAUGAUAUCUCCGAUAUGAAGAGAAUGAUUCAUCUUGCUCUGCUCUGUUCGUUAAACAACCCACAACUUCGUCCCAACAUGAAAUGGGUGAUCGGAGCACUUUCCGGAGAAUUUCCCGGCAACUUACCGGCGUUGCCUUCAUUUAAGAGCCAUCCUCUCUAUAUUCCUUUAUCCUCUCUCAAAUCCACCUCAACGUCGGCGACGACGACCACCACUGCCACCACUACGAAUCCAACCACCUCCUCCACGGCAAGUUUCAACGCGUCUUCAGAGUCAACACCGUCGUCAAAUUACGUUACUGCCAUCGAUGAUUCCAUCUACCAUACGGCGGAGACGGGAGAAAAUCGGUAUUUCAGUAACACCAGUCGUCGGAUGACGUCAUCCAAGUCUUUUGUAUUGGACACGCCAAGAGAGAUCUCAUACAACGACAUCGUUUUAGCCACUAACAAUUUCUCAGACGCGCGUCGCGUUGCUGAGGUUGAUUUCGGUACGGCUUACUACGGUUUACUAAACCGGGACCAGCAUAUAGUUGUGAAACGUCUCGGUAUGACGAAAUGUCCGGCGCUAGUAACACGGUUCUCCACCGAACUACUUAACCUAGGCCGGCUUCGUCACCGUAACCUCGUCAUGCUCCGCGGGUGGUGCACCGAACACGGCGAAAUGCUCGUCGUAUACGAUUAUUCCGCGAAUCGUAAGCUAAGCCACCUUCUUUUCCAUAACCAGAUACCGGGCAACACGGUUUUGCGGUGGAAAAUCCGGUAUAACGUGAUUAAAUCGCUUGCUUGCGCGGUACGUUACCUCCACGAGGAAUGGGACGAGCAAGUUGUUCACCGGAACAUAACUUCUUCCACAAUCUUUCUUGAUAGAGACAUGAAUCCACGACUUUGUGGAUUUGCGUUGGCCGAGUUUUUAUCUAGGAAUGAUCACGCACAUCAAGCCGCGAAAAAGAAAGGAUCCGCUCAAGGGAUUUUUGGCUAUAUGGCACCGGAAUACAUGGAGUCCGGCGAGGCAACAACUGCAGCGGAUGUAUACAGCUUCGGCGUGGUGGUGCUAGAGAUGGUUACGGGUCAACCCGCGGUGGAUUACAAGAGGAAGAAAGAAGACGCUCUUUUGGUGUUGAGAAUCCGCGAAUUAGUCGGUUACAGGAAGAAAUCGUUGGAGGAGAUUGCGGAUAUUCAUCUAGACGAUGAGUACGAGAGGCGAGAAAUGGCAAGGUUAUUGCGGUUAGGGUUGGUUUGCACGAGAACCGAUCCAAAGCUAAGACCUAGCAUUAGCCAAGUGGUGAGUACAUUGGAUGGAAGUGAGAGGUUUUUUGAAGAGGAAGGAGGAAAAGAAGGUGACUUCUUCCAGCAAAUGUACGUAGUAUAG